CGCGCUGAGUGUUUGUCUGCCUCGGAGGGCUGGGUCCUCCUUGUUCACAGGUGAGUCACGCCCCGAAACACGGGCUCUCUUCCUGUCGGGACUGAGUCAGGUAGAAGAGUCGAUAAAACCACCUGAUCGAGGUAAAAGGAAGGCACAGCGGGGCGAGGACUCGGCGCCCGGCAGCCACCCGCAGCGGCGGAGCGCAGCCCGGCCAUGCCCGCGCUCUGGCUCAGCUGCUGCCUCGGCGUCGCCCUCCUGCUGCCCGCAGCCCAGGCCACCUCCGGGAGGGAAGUCUGUGAUUGCAAUGGGAAAUCCAGACAGUGCAUCUUUGACCCGGAGCUCCAGCGACAGACGGGCCAUGGGUUCCGCUGCCUCAACUGCAAUGACAACACCGCCGGGAUCCACUGCGAGAGGUGCCGGGAGGGCUUUUACCGGCAGCGGGAGAGAGACCGCUGCCUACCCUGCAACUGCCACUCAAAAGGUUCUCUCAGUGCCGGAUGUGACAACUCUGGACAGUGCAGGUGUAAGCCGGGUGUGACAGGACCCAGGUGUGACCGAUGUCAGCCAGGCUUCCACAUGCUCACUGAUGCUGGGUGUACUCGGGACCAGAGACAACUAGAUUCCAAUUGUGACUGCGACCCAGCUGGCAUCUCUGGACCCUGUGAUUCUGGCCGCUGUGUCUGCAAACCAGCUGUCACUGGAGAGCGCUGUGACAGGUGCCGACCUGGAUACUAUCAUCUGGACAGGGCCAACCCUGAUGGCUGUACUCAGUGUUUCUGCUAUGGGCAUUCAGCCAGCUGCCACAGCUCUGCAGACUUCAGUGUCCACAAGAUCACCUCAAGUUUCUCUCAGGAUGUCGAUGGCUGGAAAGCAGUUCAGAGGAGCGGGGCUCCAGCAAAACUCCACUGGUCACAGCGUCAUGGGGACGUGUUUAGUUCUGCCCGAAGGUCGGACCCGGUCUACUUUGUGGCGCCUGCCAAGUUUCUUGGUAACCAGCAAGUGAGUUAUGGGCAGAGCCUGUCUUUCGACUACCGUGUGGACAGGGGAGGUAGACACCCGUCUGCUUACGACGUGAUCCUGGAAGGUGCUGGUCUGCAGAUCAGAGCUCCGCUGAUGCCACUUGGCAAGACGCUUCCCUGUGGACUCACAAAGACUUACACAUUCAGACUAACUGAACACCCAAGCAGUCGCUGGAGCCCCCAACUGAGUUACUUUGAGUACCGAAGGCUGCUGCGGAACCUCACGGGCCUCCUGAUCCGAGCUACAUACGGAGAGUACAGCACCGGGUACAUCGACAACGUGACCCUGAUUUCUGCCCGCCCUGUCUCUGGAGCCCCAGCACCCUGGGUUGAGCAUUGUGUAUGCCCCGUGGGGUACAAGGGACAAUUUUGCCAGGACUGUGCCUCUGGCUACAAGAGAGAUUCGGCAAGACUGGGGCCUUUUGGCGCCUGUGUUCCCUGUAACUGCCAAGGGGGAGGGGCCUGCGACCCAGACACAGGAGAUUGCUACUCAGGGGAUGAGAAUCCUGACAUUGAGUGUGCCGACUGUCCCAUCGGUUUCUACAAUGACCCACACGACCCCCGCAGCUGCAAGCCAUGCCCCUGUCACAAUGGAUUCAGCUGUUCGGUGAUGCCUGAGACGGAGGAGGUGGUGUGCAACAACUGCCCCCCUGGGGUCACAGGUGCCCGCUGUGAGCUCUGUGCCGACGGCUACUUUGGGGAUCCCUUUGGGGAACGUGGCCCAGUCAGGCCUUGUCAGCGUUGCCAAUGCAACAACAAUGUGGACCCCAGCGCCACUGGGAACUGUGACCGGUUGACAGGCAGGUGUUUGAAAUGCAUCUACAACACAGCCGGUGUCUACUGUGACCAGUGCAAAGCAGGUUACUUUGGGGACCCCCUGGCUCCCAACCCAGCAGACAAGUGUCGAGCCUGCAACUGCAACCCCCUGGGCUCGGUGCCUGGAGAGUGUCGAGGCGAUGGCAGCUGCGUUUGCAAGCCAGGCUUCGGGGGCCUUAACUGUGAGCACGCGGCCCUAAUGAGUUGUCCUGCUUGUUACGAUCAAGUGAAGAUUCAGAUGGGCCAGUUUACCCAGCAGCUCCAGGGUCUGGAGGCCCUGGUUUCGAAGGCUCAGAGUGGUGGUGGCGGCGGCGCAGUCCCCAGUGGAGAGCUGGAAGGCAGGCUGCAGCAGGCUGAGCAGGCCCUUCGGGACAUUCUGAGAGAAGCCCAGAUGUCAGAAGCUGCCAAGAGAACCCUCAGUCUCCAGCUGGCCAAGGCAAGGAGCCAAGAGAACAGCUAUCGGAACCGCCUGGAUGACCUCAAGAUGACCGCGGACAGGGUUCGGGCCCUGGGCAGUCAGUAUCAGAACCGAGCUCAGGAUACGAGCAGGCUCAUCUCUCAGAUGCGUCUGAGCCUGGCAGAAAGCGAAGCUUCCCUGCAAAACACUAACAUCCAUUCCUCAGAGCACUUUGUGGGGCCAAAUGGCUUUAAAAGUCUGGCUCAGGAGGCCACGAGAUUGGCAGACAGCCACGUUGAGGCAGCUAACACAAUGAAGCAACUAGCAAGGGAAACUGAGGACUAUUCCCAACAAGCGCUGUCAUUGGCCCGCGAGGCUCAGCGUGGAGGAGGUGGAGGUGGCGUCCUGGACAGCUCCAUGGUACAAGGCCUUAUGGGAAAAUUAGAAAAAACCAAGUCCCUGGCCCAGCAGCUGUCAAGGGAAGGCACUCAAGCUGGUAUUGACGCAGAUAGGUCUUAUCAACACAGUCUCCGACUCCUGGAUUCAGCAUCUCAGCUGCAGGGAAUCCAUGAUCUGUCCUUCCAGGUAGAAGCAAAGAGGAUCAGACAAAAAGCCGAUUCUCUCUCCAACCUGGUGACAGGACAAAUGGACGCCUUCACACGUGUGCGAAACAAUCUGGGGACCUGGGAAAAAGAGACAGAGCAGCUUUUACAGACUGGGAAGGACCGGAGACAGACAUCAGACCAGCUGCUUUCCCGUGCCAACCUUGCUAAAAGCAGAGCCCAAGAAGCACUGAGUACAGGCAAUGCCACUUUUUAUGAAGUUGAGAAUAUCCUGAAGAACCUCAGAGAGUUUGAUCUCCAGGUUGAAGACAGAAAAGCAGAGGCUGAAGAGGCCAUGAAGAGACUCUCCCAUAUUAGCCAGAAGGUUGCAGACGCCAGUGACAAGACCCAGCAAGCAGAAGCGGCCCUGGGGAGUGCCGCUGCCGAUACCCAGAGGGCUAAGAAGGCAGCUGGGGAGGCCCUGGAGAUCAGCAGCGAGAUAGAACAGGAGAUAGGGAGUCUGAACUUGGAGGCCAACAUGACAGCAGAUGGGGCCUUGGCCAUGGAAAAGGGACUGGCCACUCUCAAGAGCGAGAUGAGAGAGGUGGAAGGGGACCUGGCCAGGAAGGAGCUGGAGUUUGACACGGAUAAAGACACAGUGCAGCUGGUGAUGACGGAAGCCCAGCAAGCUGAUGCCAGAGCUAAGAGCGCCGGAGUGACCAUCCAAGACACGCUCGACACAUUGGACAGCAUCCUACACCUAAUAGACCAGCCUGGCAGUGUGGAUGAAGAGGGGCUGAUGCUAUUGGAAGAAGAGCUUUUCCAAGCCAAGACCCAGAUCAACAGUCGACUGCGGCCCCUGAUGUCUGAGUUGGAGGAGAGGGCACGUCGACAGAAGAACCACCUCCAUUUGCUGGAGACAAGCAUAGAUGGGAUUCUGGCCGAUGUGAAGAACCUGGAGAAUAUUCGAGACAACCUGCCCCCAGGAUGCUAUAAUACCCAGGCUCUGGAGCAACAAUGAAGCUGCCAUAGAAAUUUGUCCACCGAGGUUCUUGGGACACAGACCUCAGGGAUCGGGAGCCAUCUCAUGUGGAUGGGACGGACUGAGGACGUUUGAGCAUGUUUAAUGGGUUUGUUCAGGUCUGUUGGACCCGAUUCCAUCCCUGAGACUAUGGGUAGAUGGAUGUCUUCCUGUACCAAUCUGGUACUGUUUGCUUCCUGGUGCUGGCAAUGGGGCAGGUAGCACUGGGAAUGAGACUGAUCAAGGACCAGCUGACCAACAAAUGUUGACCUCAGAACAGUCAUCAACAGAGACCUGGAAUAUACAAAGUGCUGCUGCAAGUAUGUCAGGACAAGAUAUCUAAUCUAACAUUAUGGCCGGGAAAGUACUCUUGCUUCACCCACUGCAAAUUUUUGUUGACCGGAUUUCCUCCAUUGCCCACCCAGUAGAGUGUGCCCUCUACUUUCAAGCUGAGUGCAGUGGGCAGGGCUGGGCAUAGGACCUGGAAAUCUGGCCCAUUUGGAACAACAGUCUCUGCUGCCACCCUCUCACCUUCACGCUCUUGGCCUGAGUGUGACAUCCUUCUCCUAAUGAUGCCAGAAUAACUUAGAGACGGCAUUUUUAUGGAAGCAUCUCUUACCAGCCAAGCAAUCACCUGGAACGUAUUUCCUUUGAGUUUCAAAGUGAUGUAAGAAAAUGUGUCUUGGGCAUUAAAGGAAGUGGAAUUGUCUAAAAGAUACAUUAAUCUUAAUCCAAUCCUCCUUUGCAAACACUAAAAUUCCUAUACAUCUGUAUAUUUUAUUUUAUUUUUUUUCUCUCUCUCCCUAAAUCAGGGUUAAUCCAUCCUUCUAACAUAUAUUUAUUGAGUUCCUACUAUGUGCCAGGGGUGAGUGGAACAGUACUGACAUUAUCUACCCUCAUGGAGCUGACUAUCUAGUGAGAAGGACAAACACUAAAACUAAUAAAUGGAAACUCCUAAGCCUUGUUCAUCUCAAGUGAUAUUUAUUGCAGUCACCCCUCAGCUUGAAACAUCGCUCAGUAGAGCAUGUGUUGCAAGACAGCCCCACGGGGGUACUUGAGUCAGGGCAAAGCUGAAAUUGUUUUGAGUUGUAUACACUUUUCUGUGUUCCAGCCGCCCCUCCACCCCUUCCCACAACAGACUAUUGCAACAGACCGUUGCAUCAUGGCAAUACCAGUGGGAAUCGCCAAAGGAACCAGAUGCACUUGGGCCUCAGCUCGGAAGACUUCUGUACUGUUUCAUGUCUGCAGUUCCUCAUCUUCUCAUGGAUGUGUGUUAAAUAAAGGAGCGUUAGAUGCUGGG